AUGAAACACCUUUUUUUAUUUACCAAUCCAACUUCCGGGGGAAAUCAAGCGUCCAUAUUUACUGAAUUUGCUGCCAAUGAAAUAGUAUACCAGCACCCAGAGAAUUGCCAUUUGCACAUAUACAAUUUAUUAUAUGGUGAACCGGGUAACCAUCAAGGUUUUUUAAAACUUAAAAGUGUUAUAGAUAAUAUAAAAAAUGAAUCUAAACAUAGUGUAGAAGAUUUGGAAUCAAAAUAUAAUGAUGAUGAUAAUGAUAAUAAUAAUUUAGAUAAUAUAAUAAAUGCCAUUCAAAAUCCAAAGGAACAAAAUGACCAAGUGAAUUCUAAAAAUAAAAAUUAUCCCAAAAAAUUAUCCCAUAAUGACAUUCCAGUGUAUGUAAUUAUAGCUGGAGGUGAUGGAACUUUAAAUUGGGUUUUAAAAGAGUCAGAAGCACAUGGUAUAGAUACAAGUGUUUUUGCUAUAUCUAUUAUUCCAUUUGGGACUGGAAAUGAUUUUGCUAAUGCAUUUGGAUGGAAGAACCCAAUGGGAAUAUUAAAACCUAAAGACACAUUUUCUAUUUUAAGCAAAGUAGUUAAUAAAGUAUUAAAAUCCGAAGUUCUAUAUCAUGAUUAUUGGAAUAUUGAAGUUAUAUUAAAUGAGGAUGGGUAUUUUGAUAAAAUAAAUUCAAAAACAAGAAAAAAAGAAAUACUAAUAGAAAAUAAUCAAAAUGUAAAAGCUCUAAAAUUCGCUAUGGCUAAUUAUUUUAGUAUUGGGAUUGAUUCCCGAAUAGGGCGAGGUUUUGAAAGACAGCGAAAAAAUAAUGCGAUAUUAAAUAAAAUGGUAUAUUUGUUUGAAGGAUUUAAAAAAUCAUCAUUUAUAAGAAAUACCCCUAUUAAUUUAUUAAUUGACAAAAUGACAACUGGGAACAAUUUUGAAGAUAUUGUAUUUACAACAAAUAAAAAAGAAAAUGCUCCUUUAUUAAAGAAAUCUAUGAACAUUAUAGGUGUUAAUAUACCAUCAUAUUCAGCUGGAAAUGAUAUAUGGAAAUAUACAAGUAAGCUAGGUUUUAAAUUACCAAAAGAUUGUAACGAUGAACAUAAAAAAAAAUCUAAUGAUUUAAAGUAUUCCGAACAAAAAAUUGGAGAUGGUGCAUUAGAAUUUGUUACAUAUCGUAAAGGUUGGGAUAUGGCGUUCGAAUUUACAUUUAAAGGUCGAGCUUAUAGAGUACAUCAGGGAAAAGGACCAUGGAAAAUAGAUUUUAAAGAAAACGCUUCGGGUGUCUAUUUUCAAGUGGAUGGCGAAUUUUUCCGUAUGACAAAACCGAAAUAUAUAUCCAUAAAACAUUAUAAAAAAAUAAAUGUGUUGAAAAGUAUAUCAUAA